AUGUUUCAUCGUGAAGGAGCGUCUACAGUACGACCACCUCUCUUGGAUGGAUCAAAUUACUCUUACUGGAAAUCGAAGAUGAAGAUGUUCAUCAAGUCAGUUGAUGAACGAGCUUGGCGUGCUAUUGUGACUGGUUGGACCCCGCCCAUGGCUAAAGGAACGGAUGGUAUACAAACGGUAAAACCAGAAGAAGCAUGGACUAAUGAAGAGAUAUUACUUGCCAAUUACAACUCGAGGGCAAUAAACUCAAUUUUCAGUGGCGUUGGUGACAAUCAGUUCAAACUGAUAGCAUCGUGUGAAUCAGCAAAAAGGGCAUGGGAGAUCCUACAAGUGACGUAUGAAGGCACAUCAACUGUUAAAACAUCUAAGUUGCAGAUGCUAGCCACGAGAUUUGAGAGUCUUCAUAUGGAGGAGGACGAGACGAUUGCUGAUUUCCACGCUAAGCUAUGUGAUAUUUCAAAUGAAUCGUAUGCACUAGGUGAACAAUACUCGGAAACAAAGUUGGUAAGAAAGGCACUACGUUCAUUACCAGAAAGAUUCGCUUACAGAGUUGCAGCAAUCGAAGAAGUGAGAGAUAUCAAUACGCUAAAGCUAGAUGAACUCAUGGGUAAACUGCAAACUCAAGAAAUGAAUUUUAGAGCAAAUAUUCGAGAAAAGAAAAAGGUGAAGAAUGUGGCAUUCCAAGCUGAAGCUUCCCAUGGCAUCUCACAAGGCCAAACAUUUCAUGAGUGUGACAUUGAUGUUGAAGAAUCCUUAGCAAUUAUGUCAAAUAACCUCGAAAGCCUGCGUCAAAAAAUUGAAAAUAGAGAAAAUUCCUCUCAAUCAGGUAAGUCUGUUAACCCUAACAAAUUUAAAAAGUUUUCUAAUAAUGGUUAUUUUGGUGAUGCAAAGUCUAGGAGAAAGCAAUGUCGAGAGUGUGGGGGUUUUGGACAUAUUCAGGCCGAGUGUGCGAACACUUUAAAGAAAAACAAGAUGUCACUCACCACUAUUUGGAGUGAUAAAGAGGACAGUGAUGAGGAAGAUAACAACAAAGGAGAUCAAACCACUAACUUUAUGGCAUUCAGUGGUACUACUUCGAUGAGCAGAACCGAGGGAACUGUUGCAACAGUCUGUCCGACAGAUUUCAGGUAUGAUGAAUUAUCUUUAAAUAAGGACAAUAGUCUGACUUCAUCAUUUAAUUUUGCAGGUGAAUCUGAGAGCAGUAGUGAUGAUGAAGAGCCAACCCUCGAAGAGGUGAAAGAUGUAUAUGAAAAAAUGUAUCGGAAGUGGCUUGAAGUAUCUGAGGUAAAUAAGCGCCUUGAAAAUGAUAAGCAUGUUCUCAUAGAGGAAAAUAAAGUGUUGAAGGUAAGAAUUUCUACUCUUGAACAAAAUGUUAUUUCUUCUAGUAGAGAAAUAGAUAGCUUGCAGGUUGAAUUUGCUCAAACUCAAGAUGUUAUUUCUAAGUUUAAUACUGGUAGAGUAACUUUGAAUGAAAUUUUGAACAAAAAUCAGCCGAACUACUGUCGUAUAGGUCUUCACAAGAAUAUAAAAGGAGGAGUUAUAAUGCCGACGUUAUUUGCUGAGUCUUUUAUCACGUGGGUGAUUUACCACGUCGCCCUCCAAGUCUACAAAGCCAAUAUCAGUCUCAGUUUCAUAUUACUAUCAAUAUUAUUCUUAUUCUUAGUAUUAAAAUUCUGGAAACAAAUCAACCAUAACAAAUCGUCCCUAAAAAACCUACCUCCGGGGCCAAGGAAGUUGCCUUUGAUAGGGAAUAUGCACAAUCUGAUUGGCUCUCUUCCCCAUCGCGCUCUGCACGAACUGGCCCUGAAAUACGGCCCCGUGAUGCACCUUCAGCUCGGCGAACUCUCCACGGUUAUAAUUUCCUCAUCCGACGCCGCGAAGCAAGUUAUGAAAACUCAUGAUAUGAACUUUGCAUCGAGGCCGUCGGUUAUCGUCACCGAGAUUCUCAGUUAUAGCUGCACGAGCAUCGCGUUUGCCGAGUACGGUGAUUACUGGAGGCAGCUGAGGAAAAUAUGCACGUUGGAGCUGUUGAGCAUGAAGCGUGUUUCGUCUUUCCGUUCGAUAAGAGAAGAAGUGUUUCUAGAUCUCACAAGGUGGUUAUUAGCUAAUUGUACGGAACGAGCGGCGCCUGUGAAUUUGACCGAGAAACUCUACUCUUGUGGAUAUUCUCUGGCUUCAAGGGCAACGUUCGGCAAGAACUACGCGGUUAAAAAUGAGAGGCUACUAUCCAUAAUCAAAGAAGCUGUCGUACUGGCGGCGGGAUUUAACGUUGCAGACGUUUAUCCUUCGAUCAAGUUGCUUCAAAUGAUGAGCGGGUUGAGGAGGAAGGUUAAGAAGCUGCAUGAAGAAGCUGAUUGCAUACUUGAUGACAUCAUCCAUGAGCACAGAGUAGCCAAUGAUAAUAAUGCGGCUACCAAGACGAUGACCGGUGAGAGGGAGAAGAAGCAAGGAGAUGACGACCUGGUGGAUGUUCUUCUGAGAUUCCAGGAUGAAGGGAUUGAGAUUCCGUUGACAAAUGAAAACAUUAAAGCUGUAAUCACGGAUAUGUUGGGUGGUGGGAGUGAGACAUCAGCCACAACGUUGGACUGGGCAAUGGCGGAAAUGGUAAAAAAUCCAAGAAUCUUGAAAAAGGCGCAAGACGAGGUGAGACGAUUUUUCGACGAUAAAGGAGGAUAUGUUGAUGAAUCGAGAAUUCACGAACUGAAGUAUUUAAUGUCAAUUAUCAAAGAAACCCUGAGGAUUCAUGCGCCAUUUCCUCUGUUGCUUCCAAGAAAAUGCAGAGAGAAGUGCGAGAUUAAUGGAUACGAGAUACCGGUGGAUACUAAAAUCAUCGUAAAUGCGUGGGCUAUUAACAGAGACCCUAAGUACUGGCGUAACCCGGAUUGCUUUGAGCCCGAGAGAUUUCUCGAUGAUAAUUUGGGAGUUGAUUACAAGGGUAAUCAUUUCGAGUAUAUCCCGUUUGGUGCCGGUAGGAGAAUAUGCCCUGGCAUGGCGUUCGGUAUGGCAAAUGUGGAGCUACCACUGGCUAUGUUUCUAUACCAUUUCGAUUGGAAGUUGCCACCUGGAAUGAAACAUGAAGAAAUGGAUAUGUCGGAAUCGUUUGGGGCCACAGCCAGGAGAAACGGUGAUUUGUUUGUUGUUUCGGUUAUUAAACGACCACUCCCGCCGCCUGUCAAAUGAUCGAUGCGUCGUAAUUGAAGUUGUUGGUUUUAUUUUAAUUUACAUGUGGCUUAAUGAAAGUUUAUUCAG